AUGCCUGAUCCCGCUGCUGCCUGUUCCCGCUGCUGCCUGUUCCUGCUGCCGCUCCAGCUGCUGCCUGUUCCCGCUGCUGCCUGUUCCUGCUGCGCUCCUGCUGCUGCCUGUCCCUGCUGCCUGCUCCUGCUGCUCCUACUACUACAUGUGCCGCUGCUGCUGUUCCUGCUGCCGCCUGUUCCUGCUACUACAUGUGCCGCUGCUGCUGUUCCUGCCGCUGCCGCUCCGCGGGCUCCCGGGCGGCACCUGUCUCUACGGCUCGGCUCUUUCAGACACGUAUGUAACCUGGCUCACGGAGACAAGCGGCGCACGCUGGCGUGA